GACGGAGAGGCAGAGCGGCAUCCUCCAUCAAGACCAGCGGGAACAACGGCUGCAAAAUCAUCAUCUUCAUCAGAGCUGCAGAAGAAACAAGAGGUUCACACCUUCAUUGGGAACACAGCUCUCUGUCGGCUGAUCCGCCCCCUCCAACAUGCUCCUUCCCCUGUUCUACCUGAGCUGGCUCCUGGCCCUGACAGGUUCUGAGACUUCUCCUCUGCCAUAUACGUACAACAUGAUGUUAUGUCCCAUCACCUACUAUGGGAAGAAAUACGACGCUCUCUACUUAAGCAAGGACACGGACAACAUUAAUCUCUGUUUCAACGGUUACGACGACGACGACUGUAUUACAGCUCCUCUAAGUUCUGGAGAUGUUACUUCAGAAACUUCAAGACUACUGAUGGAUCUUGGGACCGAAGUAGUGAGAAAUAAAAUACCUAUUACAGGAGAAGGAAUGAAGUGCCAUGUGAAAAUUAGUUAUCAUUCCAAUAAUAGGGAACCGAUAAUUGUGUUUCUUGUGCAAUACGAGACCCGAACAGUUCUGGGACUUCAGAUCGAUGCCACCAACACAUAUAAUUCUUAUUCCCUUAAGUUUAAAGUCAACAAUAACGAAUUAGACAGCAUUGGAGUUUCUUCUACCUCCUUAAUCAACUUCAAAGACAUCAGUGGAUGCAGAGCCGAUUCAGGUGAUUUUAUCAGCGCCGGAGAGGGGGAGGCCGUUCUUAGUAAAUGCCACUUUUGCAGUUCUGUCAGCGUCUUGACGACUGAAGAUUGUGCUGAAAAUCAAUAUUGUGAUGUUGAUGAUGGCAAGUGCCAACCGAACAUCUGCACUUUGACCGGACCCACUGUGAUCGACCUCCACGGCGACGUCACCUCUGUGAAGGAUCGCUGCACGUACUCUCUGAUGUCAGAUAAAGAAUCCUACGAAGAUUUUGAAGUCCUGGCCAGCUACAAGGACCGGCGUCGCACCGAUGUGAGCUUUCUGGACAGUGUGACACUGAAAGACACUGAUAUUACGGUUCUCCUGGAACAAGGUGGGAGAGUCAAGGUGGGCGGUGAAGUGGUGGAGCUCACCAGCUCAGUUAAGAUCAUUGAGAAUGUUGAACUCUCCAAGACCGAAGCUGGAGUCACUGCCAAACUGUUUCUGAGCUGGGGCAAAUACUUUACUCUGUUCUUUGAUGGAAACACUGCGCAGCUGCAUCCUACAGGAAUAAAUAAUUAUAUACCAGGUGGUUUGUGUGGAGGCGAAGACAAAGCAACUUCAAGCAACCAGACCGAGUCCGGCAGCUGUCAGAAUAUGCCCCCAGAAACCAGUGACCUGACAGACAACUGUGACGAGAUGAGGAGACGCUGCAACAUCCUGAUGGAUGAAACUUUUAUCACAUGUCACGCCGCCGUCACCCCAGAGCCCUACAUAACUGCCUGCAAGGACACCAUGUGUAACUAUCCUGAUGAGGACGCCCUCAUGUGUCAGUUCCUGGAGGCCUACGCCAGAGCCUGCAGCCUGAUGAACAUCCAACUGGGGGAAUGGAGGUCCAACGAGCAGUGCUCUACGCCUCAGAUCGUUUGUGAAGACAGUCCCUGCAGUGAUCAUGAGUUCUGCGGACUGGUCAUCGGUAGCCCCACCUGCCUCUGUAGAGCCAUUUUUGCCUCCAGUUACAGAGAGUCAGGCGCUCUGGGUGAUCCGACGGUCUGCACAGGUGACUCUGCUUCAGUCUCUCUGGUGAAUUGCCUCCUGGAGGAGAAAGGUUUCAGCUACUCCACCUUACACCUCAACGACGAUAUGUGCAAGGGUGAGAUGGACGAGGACAGCCACAUGGUGACCUUCAACUUCGACAACAACAACUGCGGGACGGAGUUGGAGGAAGCCAACGGCCAAGUGGUGUACAAGAACACCAUCAAAACCCCGACCAGCCUCUCCUCCGAUGUCGUCACUCACCACAGCCAGUUGAAGAUGGACGUCUCCUGCGUCCACACUCGUCCAGGAAUCGGGACCGUGGGCUUCAGAAUCAGGGACAGCUACAUCUCCCAAGUGGUCAGAUCUGAGGCUUUUAGUUACACGGUGAUGAUGAAAGCCUACACGGACGCCCAACGCACAAAAGCCGUGGACUCCACCACCGAUGUGAUGCUGGACCAGAGGAUCUGGGUGGAGCUGACGAGCGACGGGCUGGAUGAAAACUUGGUCGCCAUGGUGACCGACUCCUGCUGGGCCACCGGCCAGCAAAUGUCCAAUAGCGUUCCGAGAAACAACCUGAUCCAGGACGGCUGUGCAAACAACGAUGACUCAACGGUGCAGGUGGAGGGAAACGGAGAAGGAACUUCCAACUAUUUCUCUUUCCGCAUGUUUGAGUUCACGGACAGCUCUAGUGGGCUCUACCUGCACUGCAAACUCCACCUGUGCCUCCAAGGCAGCAACACCUGCAUGCCGGGGACGGUGGUGCAGCGUUGUAGCAGCCGGCGGUCCCCCUCUCGGUCACGGAGCCUAGUCACGUCGUCUCGGUGCGCGCGGGGCCGGUCCACUUCGUCAGACGUGCGGGCUCCCAUCUGGGCUGAUGAGCGCGUGGGCCUCCUGGACGUCGGGCGGCGGGACGCGUCUCGGUCUGAGCGGGGCAGGCUGACCGGAGAGUCCUUCCAAGAGAAACUCAGAGCGGAGAGAGAAGUUAGAAAAGAGGAAGAUCAGGAGCGCAGUGCGCUCCUGAUCACGGGUCUCACGCUCCGCCAGGCCCUCCGAGCUUCGAAGCGACUCCCCCCCUUUUCAGCUCUCAGGGACUUGGGAGAUGUGUGA